AUGUUUACCCUUAAAGAUGACCAGUUUAUUGGUUUCCGCUUCGAUAGUGAGCCGAAAAGUACCACCGUCACUGAUGGUCGCAUACUACUUAAUUGCCAGUAUACAGUUGAGAAGGCGAAUGUAAAGGACGUCCGGUUCGAUGCGCAACCAACAGAUCGCGUAGUUGGAACAGGUCAGCCAGCCGUCUUCCAAUGUAUUACGCAAGCCAAACCACCACCUGCUGUUACGUGGUAUCACAAUGGGAAGGUCAUCCAAAGCGGAACUGACUUCCAAAUUCUACCAAUUUCCAAUUCACUGGAAAUCGCAUCCGCACAACCACGUCAUGAAGGCGAGUAUAAGUGUGUCGUGGAAGGCGCAGGAAAACGAAGGGCUAGUCUGAGCGGACGACUCCGCAUCGAAAAUAGUUUGAGUUCGCAAGAUCUCGAGUUUGUGUCCUCUCCUCGUGUACAGACAGCUAAGGAAGGUGAUGAUAUCGUGCUAGAAUGUCUUGUGAGCUCAAAAGGCUCCGCAGAAGUGCGGUGGCUGAAAGAUGCUCGACAAAUAGCCAUAGAUGGUUUGAGAAUAAGACGUGUAGGGAUUUCAUCGCUCCUCCUUUCCAACGUUGUUGAAUCUGAUUCGGGUCUGUAUACGUGCCGAGCUAGUGAUACUCAUGACUCACUUGAUCGAACUGUUGCUGUGUUAAUGUUGCGGCUGGAAUGCGCAUCAUCAGGACGUCCAAUGCCCACGAUCUCUUGGUUCAAGAAUGGCGAGGCUAUUAUCGCCAGCGACUACUUUGUGAUUGAACCUACGAGCGGAUGGUUGGUUUUGGAGUUCCUUGGCGCGUUCCAUGAGCAUUUGACUUGUUGUGGCCAAACAAACUCAUCAUCUAUAGCAGCCUCUUCUGGUCAACCGAAGAUUGCUUCUGCUCCUUUAGGUCUCAAAGUUGGAUCUCUUGGAAGUCGAUUUGUGAACCUGGAGUGGGAUCCACCUCUAUCGCGAAAUGGUAAUAUCAUGCGGUAUCACGUAUUCUACAAGGAAGAAGAUAGCGAUAGGUACGCCAUAGAACAGUCUUACUCAAGGCAUCCACUGUAUCACGAACUCGCCUUUAUAGAGAAAGAAUGCUGA